AUGGUAAUCUACGUGUCUGUUGAAGAUAUCACCCAAGAAGACGUCUACGAUUUUCUAGAGACGGAGUUGGAACAGCUCAAUGAGGACACAGAACGUUUCGUUACAGGAGGCCUUGUGCACGAGGACUCGUACACCACCGCCUAUGACGCCAUGCUGAUCGCUAGGACGAGGGCUCUGGGGAAGAUUUCGGAUGAAGCUGCGGACCCCGAGUGUGGGGCGGACACCCCAGCACAGGAAAUUACAGAUGUGGACCAAUCCAGCGAUCCGGCCGUCCCUUCGCCCUCUUCGAUGCUCGCGAAGGCACACAAGCGAGCUCUCAAGCACACCGAGCGCGAUGAGAUGGACCGUGCAAUAGCUGCGGGCGCGCUCGCAUACCUGCACAACCUCGCAAAGCAGGGUUUCUUGCUUCGAGAGGGAGGCCCGGCAUCUUUCCUUCUUGGGUAUGUGUGGGUGGCUCCAGGACUGCCAGGUGGCCCCGGGGCUGCCCCCGAGAAAAGCGGGCCGGCAGAAUCUGGCGGGGCCGAAUGA